AUGGAUAUUUCAAAAUAAUUAUUAAUCUUUGUCAAUCCAGCUAGUGGAAAAGGACAUGCUUUAAAAGAAUGGAAUAAAGCAAAACCCAUUCUUGAUAAAUUCAAUGUUAAAUAUUUAGUCAUUAUGACAUAAUAUCAAAAUCAUUGUCAUGAGUAUUUAUUAAAAGAAGACCUUUCAAAUGUUUAUGGAGUAGUACUUGUAUCUGGAGAUGGAUUACCACAUGAAGCUAUAAAUGCUUUAUAUGCAAGAUCAGAUUGGGAAUAAAUAUCUUAAUCUAUUACUAUUGGAGUACUACCAGGUGGGAGUGGAAAUGCAUUUGCUAAAACAUUGACUAAAUUAUCAUAAUUGGAAUGCAAUUCAGAAAGUUGUGCACUUUUAAUUGCAAAAGGAAUGACAAGACAAAUGGAUCUUAUUUUAUUAGAAAUGCCUUAAAAGAAGGUUGUUUCUUUUCUAUCUUUAGCCUAUGCCUUCAUUUCUGAAGUGGAUUUAGGAUCUGAAUCAUUAAGAUUUUUGGGAGGAGCUAGAUUUGAUAUAUAUGGAACAUGGAGAGCAUUAUUUUAAAAGAAAUAUUAAGCAAAAUACAAUAAUCAAUAAAUGAUGUUUAGAUAUUUUUUAGCAUAAAAGAUACCUUACAUAAGUGAUAAUUAUUUAUCAGCACCUGCAGCUCAAAUUGAUGAUGGAUUGAUUGAUGUACAAUAUCUUGAGGAUGGAGAUUGGUCACAAUUAGUCAAGUUAUCAUUAAAAUAAUAUGAUGGUAGUCAUGUUGAAAUUGAUGAAUAAGGAAAUGUAAAACCAAAAGGAAAUUGGAAAUAUGAAAAAGUAAAAGAAUAUACAUUUGAACCAAUAACUAAUUGUCCAUUAAGUAUAGAUGGAGAAAGAUAUCCUCCACAACCAGUAAAAGCUAAAGUUUUACAUAAAAUUUUGAAAGUAUUUUGUUAUUGA